AACUACUUGCUGUGCACCGCCGUCCUGCAUCCCUACGUGGUUCUGCUGCAAGUUCACUUUUGAUAUGAAAAUAGUGAUGCAAUAGCAACCAGAAACAGAGAAUUCCAAAAACUGGAAAAUUUAAUUUGAGCUGCUUGCUUCUUCCAUAUCUUCUUCUCUGCAGAAACCUCAAUUUCUUGCACCACAAAGCAUGAAGAGAAUGUUGUUACGUCAUACAAAAACAAUCUUCACUCAUCAUCAUUCCCCUAAAUUUACCACCUCCGCAAUAACAUCUCCAUUCAAACGUUGCCUCACCUAUUCAUCGUCCCCGGCACACAUACAUUUCAACAAACACCUUACGUUCCUUGCAAAAAAGAAAAAACACUCAACCGCCAUUUAUCUUUUCAACCAAAUUGAGUUCAAUAGAUUCAUUACUCCUUGUAUCAUCACUCUUACUAUCAUUAUCACGUGUUUUUGUCAAAUGGGUCGUGUCUCUUUAGGUUUUUCAGUUUUUGGGAAGAUUAUGAAACAUGGGUAUCAUGUAGAUACUGUGACAUUGAAUGUGCUUAUGAAAGGUUUGUGUGUUAGUGGUAAUGUUUCGAAGGCGUUGGAGUUUCAUGAAGAGGUUGUUAGUAAAGGGUUUAGAUGGAAUGAGGUUAGUUAUAGGAUUUUGAUUAAUGGGUUGUGUAAAGAUGGGUAUGUUAAUUGGGCUAUUCAUAUGUUGAGAAUGAUGGAGAAAGGUUGUUUUUGUGUGAAGGGUGAUGUUGUUAUGUAUAGUACUGUUAUUGAUUGUUUGUGUAGAAAUGGAUUUGUGAAUGAGGCUUGUGUUUUUUAUCGUGAAAUGGUGGGGAAUGGUGUUUGUCCGAAUGGGUUUACGUAUGGAUCGUUGAUUCAUGGAUUGUGCGGUGUGGGGAGGGUUUGGGAAGGUUUUGAAUUGUUGGAAUGGAUGGUUAGGAAGGGUUUAUAUGUAAGUGUUCAUUUGUUUACUGUUUUGAUUAAUGGGUUGUGUAAAAAAGGUAUGUUAUAUGAAGCACAGGGGGUAUUCGAUGAAAUGGUUAAGAGAGGGCAUAAACCUAAUAUUGUUACUUGUACUGUUUUGAUGGGUGGGUAUUGUUUGAAUGGUAAUGUGGAUGUGGCAAGGGAGUUGUUUGAUGCGGUUGUUAAUUGGGGUUUUGCGCGUGACGUUUGGACUUAUAACAUCUUGAUUCAUGGAUAUUGUAAGGUUAAGAGAUUGGAUGAUGCUAUGAGAGUUUUUAAUGAAAUGCAUCGUGAGGGUUUGGUUCCGAACCUUGUUACAUACAAUUCUCUGAUUGAUUGCUAUUGCAAAGCUGGUGAUGUCUGGCGUGCUUCGGAGGUUUUUGAGACAAUGCAUUAUAGUGGUUUGACACCUGAUAUUGUUACGUGUUGUAUUAUUUUAGAUGCUUUGUGCAAAAGGCAGGAUCUUAAACAUGCAAUUUUUUUGUUUAAUCAACUGGUUGAAAAGGGUUUGGAACCUGAUGUUUGGAGUUAUACCAUUUUGAUUAAUGGGUGUUGCACGAAUCAAAGGAUGGGUGAGGCCAUGAAUCUAGAGAAAGAAAUGCGUCUUAAGAAUUUGGUUCCUCAUACUGUAACUUACACUAGUCUUAUUGAUGGCUUGUGCAGAUGUGGGAGAAUCUCAUGUGCAUGGAAUCUUCUUAAAGAGAUGCAUGCUAAUGGUCCUCCCCCAGAUAAUAUAACGUAUAGUAUCUUGUUAAAUGCUUUAUGCAAAAACCAAUAUCUUGACGAGGCAAUUUUUUUAUUUAACCAAAUGAUUAAAAGUGGUUUGGAACCUGACGUUUUCUGUUAUACUAUCAUGAUUGGUGGAUAUUGCAAGAGUAAAAGGAUAGACGAAGCAACAAAUCUUUUCAAAGAAAUGCUUAUGAAAAAUGUGGUUCCUGAUAUUGCAACUUGCACAAUACUUUUUGAUGGCUUGUUCCAAUCUGGGAAAAUCUCGUAUGCAUGGCAGCUUGUUAAUAUGAUUCGUGACACUGAUCCACCUCCUGAUGUUCUCAAUUACCUGGAUGCACUUUUCACAAGUGAGCAUGAUGACAACAAGUGCUUUGCUUCAGCCUAUUGUUAGCAGGGGAAAUUGUUAUUGUGAUUCUUCCAGCUCUAGAUAAAUGUGUGACGAAUGCAACACAGAAUGAACACAAGGGAAAACAUAAAAUUUUUUAUCAUCUAUUUGAGCUGUUAAAGUCUUCCAUUUUUAAAUGAUGAAAGUUUUCCGAAGGAGUUAGCAUCCUGUGCAGGAGCUCUGCAGACGUCAGUUAGUCAACACAUGGCUUGGGAAAAGCAACAAUGGAAAUGAUGUACAAGCACUGCUUGGCUAUUGAGCCAAUUGGGCUUAUAUGGAUAUCACCUUAAUGUAAUGGACUUUCAAUGGCAUAGUACUAGUGCAACACAUCCAAAAAAAAUUGUCAAUGAAAGGAAAUAUGUUAAUCGCAGAUAUAUCUUGAUUGCACACUCGGAGAAAUUGUUCCCCCUGAUAAAAGUAUCCAACAUAACCAAGUAUAAUCUGUUCUCUUGCUACUCUGCGAGAUUCAAUUCUUAACUGAUGACUGGCUAUGUACCCCAAGACCCUCCAAUGAUGAUUUGUCCAAGCAGUUUGAGCCACAAUGCCUGGGAAGAGGCUGAAAUGCAGUGAGACAGGUCCAUCAUUUCAGCUUUUGACCCCUGAUUCCUGAUCGUGGUUUUGGAACAAAAUUAGGUCCAUUUGGCAGGCAACCAGAAGAAAGCUAUUAAAAUUGUCAAAAUGCAAGGACCAUCUACCUUCUUUCCUACAGAAAUGACAAGUGUUUUGGAGUGAAAGAGAUGUCGAUAAUCCUAUAAUGCUUGGUUGAUCUCUGUUUUAUUCAUAUGCUUAUUCAUCGUGAUUGUAUGUUUAAAGUUUGAACUGCAGUGGAUUAAUUUUCUGAUUCUCUUUAUAUUUUGUUUCAUGCCUAUAUAAGUGGUGUUUGAGGAAGUGUAUUUUGUUUGCAUGGUCACUGCUAUUCUCUAGAAUUUCUUCUUCAUGUGCACACAUAACACAUUUCAAAGUCCACUUCAGCUUAAACAUUAGGCAUAUCGACUAUAGCCCGUUAGAUGUCAGUGUCUGCUGUCAAAUUUGUGAAUCAAUGGAUUUUUUUUGCUUUCUUAUGCAAGUCUUUUUUUCUGUUUUUCCUUCUGACUUCAAUCUUCUCAAUUUGAUUUGCAGAAUUGAAAAAUUUAUGGACUAUCCUAUUCCCUGAGGAGACUCAGAUUCUGCUUUUCGCGGGGGAACUUCACUUUUCACAUUUUUCUUCAAAGGCGAGUCACAAUUGAUAUUGCUAAGAUUGUGAAUAUAGUUCGUAGUCUUUUCUAAGUAAGGGGACCUAUCUCAAGAUUUUGGAAGAAAAAUUGUCUUCUCGUGAUGGCUAACAGUAUCUUAUUGUUCUCAUGGUCAUUCUGGUAUAACUGGCAAAAGCUAUAGAUUCAGCAACUUUGUCAAUUUUGGGCUUUUAUAAAGUUUGUAGCACAGAGUUGCAUUUGAGGAACAUCUAAGCAUGUAACUUGUGAAUUGUGAUUUUCCUCACAAUUUAUUAAGGCAAUGGGCUGUUUGAAUAUUGAGCAUGAUUAUUUGCGCACAGUUGUUUCUUUCGUCUGAUAGUAUAAUUCCAGACAUGUGUGACUUUUUUUAGAAAUCUGGAGGUAGGAAAAUAAGCUCUCCGUUGUUUCUAUGUAUCAGUGAACAUGCACUCAAUAACUCGAUGAAGUAGAUUUUGAUACCAUAAUUUAUGGAAUCGUUAUCGUGGCUUAAUAAUGAUCUCCCCCGUACGAAGUGUUGUAGAAUGUUAGUUUCAUU